AUGAACGCUAAGGUGUUUGCUCUUUUGGCCCUCGUGGCAUUGACUACAGCCGAAGACACUUUGAACAAAGAGACGAAAAAAGAUAAGCGAGGACUCGUUGAAUUCGGUUACGGUUUGGGAUACUCGUCUCAAUACCCAUCAAUUGGUAUCAGCCAUGGAGUGUCUACGAUCGUGACAAAAGAAGUUGCAGUGCCAGUCCCGCACCCGGUCCCUGUAACUGUCGAGAGGCAUGUCCCGGUCCCAGUCAAGGUGCCGUAUGCAGUACCGGUAGAUAGGCCGUACCCUGUACACGUACCCAAGCCUUAUCCAGUCGAAGUAACAAAGCAUGUUCCUAUUCCGGUUGACCGUCCUGUUCCAGUUCCAGUAAGUGUCCCGGUCAAGGUCCCGGUCCCAGCCCCAUACAUAGUCAAGGUACCUCAACCUUAUGGGGUCUAUGUUUCCUCUGGCAUUUCUUAUGGUGGUCAAUCUUCUUGGUAA